AUGCUUUAUGGAGUUGAUAUUCUUCCUCAGUACUUUCAUCAGUCACUGGAUUUGGCUCAUCUUGACGAAGUGCCAAUUCCAGAUCAAGUACUCCUAAUUUUCGAUGAAGAAGAUGAGUCCACAAAUGGAGAAUGCGGUUCUACAACGAGCAGCUCUUGGGGAAGCAGCUCCGAUGGAAGUAGCUCUGGUGCUGGACCAUCUGGUGCUGGACCUUCUGAUGCCAGAGGUUUUGGUUCUGAUAUCAUAUUUAUUGAUUAG